GGUCGGGCGGGCGUUUGGGGGGAGUUGCGGUGGCAGCAAGGAGGGUUUCUAGUGUCGGAGGAUUUCUUGAGAAGCGGCUGCCCCACCUCUCGCGAUGGGGAGGGCACAGCGGCGCGAGCAUGAGCCCGCUUCUCAAGAUGUGCAGGACACGUUCAGGGUAAGGUCCCUGUGUAUCGAUACCUUGUCGCCGGCCAGAAGGUCGACAACAAGGGGGUGAUGAUGAUGCGUUGCACAUUUUGCAACAAAGUAUUCCAGGGGACUUUAUUCCAGGCAACCAGGCACUUCGUGCAGACCAAUUACUGCAAGGUCGUCACUGAUGAGGCCUUGUACGAUAUCGGAAAACGGACUCAACUGAAGUUCGAGGCCGACCAGACGGAGAGGAUUUCCAGGUUUGCAGCGGGGCGUGGACUUGAUGUGCCCCGGGCCGGUGCAGUGACGGGAGGAGAGGCGGUGCAGCGGCCGCGAGAGCUGGGGGGGGGCGGAGAGAUUGGGCAUGCUGAGCCCGACCAGCCAUUGGGGGGUAGAGGCGGUGGCAUCGAGGGGGACGUGAUCAUCGACGAUCGCGAGGCACGUGGCACGACUCGGGAGGGAUUCCCGACACACGAGGAUCAUCCCGAGUUCGAUCCCUUGACAGGGGAGAGGAUCGUGGACUGGCAGCGGCGAGGGGUCAAGUGGCAACAGCCUUCUGUGCAGGAACCGGCGGGGGAGGGUUCUUCCAAGAGGAAGGAAGGAGGGGCUGUUCCGGCUACCACUCAAGCUGGAAAGAGGCUUAGACAGCAGAAGGUGGAUGAGGUGUACGGUGGCGAGUGGGUUGCUCGCCACAAGAAGGCCUUCCUUCGCUGGCUUUGUUCCAGCGGGGUUUCCUUCAAUGCCUUUCGCAAUGAGGCAUGGAGGGCAUAUCAGCAGGUGCUUCUUCAGCAACCUGGCAGUUCGCCGCGGGCUGUGCUCCCUAGCCACAGCGAGAUUGCGAGCAUGCAGGCAGUGGAGAUGCACCGUGCGGAGUUGGCCGAGGAGUUGGAGGAGGUGAGGCAGCCAUUUUGGGUGACUGGCGCCACCAUCCUCUCAGACGGGAGGAAAUCACAAGACGGGAGACCGAUCGUUAAUUUCCUCGCCGCAGGGUCUCGAGGGGUCGUCAUGUACACGACGAUCAAUCGAGAGGCCCGAAGAGGGGGAGUCGGACGAUGCUGUGCACGUCCUUCGGAGAUGGGUGACCAUUUUCCACGAGUUCAGGUUCGGCGGGCCGCAGCGGGUCAAUGCGAUAUGCAUUGACUCCGCGUCAGCGUACGUUGGGGCUGCCAGGGCUCUGACCUCGGAGACCAUGCCUGCAGCAUUGAGGAGGAUCACUUGGCUCCCAUGCUCGGUCCAUGUCUGCAACAAAUUGUUGUCAGACAU